AUGACUUCUGUAGGCCCAGUGUAUUUCUUUGAUCAGCCAAGACGGAUCAGAAAUAAGGGAAGACGUACGAACUUGGAUCUGGGUAUGCGUAAAGAGGAGUGGCAAACAGAGAAUAAAAACCAAAGGGUGCUUUCAGGUGAAGAACAAGAGGAGGAUAGCCCUGAAUUGUCUUCACUUGUUUUUAGCCUAAAAGAACAGGACGUGAUGGACACAUACAAGCACAAAGCCCCGCAGUUACUCAGUGAACUGGCUCACGUUCUCUCGCAGCACAAGUGGAGCGCUGAAGGUCGAGUUCCUCACGGGCUCGUGAACAUCCUCUACUACACUUGGCAGGAGCAGCUGCCGCCGGCUCCACAACACCAAAAAUCUCUGACAUUAUCAAAUAUAGAUUUAUCCCCACAAUCCAUAUCACGUCAUCAAAAACGAGAAGUAGCCAUUGGUCAAGCAAAACCGCAAGUCCGCACCAGUGCCAGUGUGAAGAAGAAGUCCAUUGCAUAUAAAGAGUCUUCUCGCAGCUCAACAUCUCUAAGUUUCUCCAUUUUGAAUCAAAGUAGUAGUGAUCAAGGCUCAGAUUGCAUAAUACAGCAACACCAUACAUCCUGCUUCGAGGACAUCUAUUUGUAUAAGUGGGCCGCGGGGCGUCUACAAGAAGCAAGAAAUACCACAGCGUCAUUGUCAGAACACAACAGAUCAAUAUUACUUCGACACUAUGGAGAUCCCCAGCGGGUGAAAAGUGACUGGACCAAAGCCCGUCUUGGGGUACUUCUAAACGGUUUGCCACAAAUCCCUGAUUGGCAGCCACCGGAAAACCAACAGAAACUUCACUACAGAAUCAACGAUGGCUCCUCCAUUAUAUACUACCCGUCUGGUCGUAUGGCGGUGUGCCAGAGUUGCUCCGGUCAGCCUCCUGGAGGGUUUUACUCCAAUGUGUUUUCUGACAGUGACCCACCUCUGAUCAUCGCCACCAUUACAGCGUUUGGGCAUGGUUCUGUGAUGCCCUCUCGCAGCAGUUCUGCCAUGUCAGCAGUGUGGGACCGGGCGGGAGGAUUUAUGUUCGACCACAAAGGCAAGGGAACCAAAGAGUGGAGCUGGACUGCUGGAUUCUCCAAAAGGAUUGUAAUAGGGAUUUCUGAAGAGAUGACUUUGCACUUGCUCAGUGGUACAUCCGCUGUGCUCAAAUUUAAAUGUGCCAAGGAAUGCGUACAACUUCCCAUUUCUGCAUUACCAAACUCCAACACUUUCAACACAAUGUUAUGUUUAAAGACUGACACUCAGUUCUCUUCGGACACGGCUCAAGAUCUCCUCAGCGUUCCAUCCCCAGUCGUCUGCUCGGACAACAACAGGACUGAGACAUGCGUGUCAUCGUGUUCUUGGUACUGCCCGCAUGCGGUCAGAGCGCCGGAGCGGCCGGAGGAUACGGUGUCGGUUUGGAGAAAAGAGGGGAAAGCCGUCAGGGAGCUCAGAAAAAUCCAACAGAGAGCACAGUGUAUUCUGGAGUCUUGGAUGGACCUUUACUGCGUAGCAACGGGGAUCCGAUGUCCCAACAUGCAGUGGAUGCCAGAUGUCCCACCGAGGUCCAGGCUGAAGAGAGAAGUACAGUUGGCCGCUCUGCCCUCUCUGAACUUAUCCCAACGCACAAACCCAGAGCCACAGAAGGAGGAACAACACAAACUCCUGCCACGGCCAAAGCAUCAGAACCGUGCUCCAAGUCCUCCCAGACCACAGACAAAAAACCCCAAGGAGGAUCACCCCAUCACAAGGAUCGGACCUGUUCAGUUUUAUGGCUGCAUCAAGCGGGAGUCGGUGAUACUUCCAGUAGACCCAGACCAACAGACCACAUCUGCCCCACACCCUGUCCAGUUGCCCUCCUCUCCCUCUGGCCCUCUCACACACUGCCCCGUCCUCCUCAGAGCUGCCCUGAGCGGGGACAUCACACCGCGGCGAUGCUGCUGCAGCGCACUGACCAUGCCACUGGUGAAAGACUCGGAGUACGACCUCUUUGUGUUGGGCCAGCCUCGGCACAGCCACCAGAUGCUGAUCGUGUGGGUGACAUGCCAGAACCUGAACCCAGAUGCACUUGGCAGAGCUGCACCGGAGAAGCUUUACAGGACGAGGAACAAGCACAGGAUGAUGCCGUGCACUCAGUGCCAGAUGGAUUCCUUUCGCCUGGUGAGGUAUGACAUCGCAGUACCAAAGCCCUGUUACGAGGCAGAGAAAUGUCUUCUGCAGCAGAGACACAACGCAUGCCCCGACAUGGUCCUGAUGUACAUCAAGGGGAAGCUGUUGUUUAUCGACUACAUUGACUUCAAUGAUCUCAACUGCCCAUUUAAAGAGUUUGAAAAUAAAGUCUCCAAAGCCCGUGGAGACUACAGAUCAGGAGUCUUCCUCUCUUCAGAUUUUAAGUUCAGAGACAGAUUCGAUACAGUCACUAAAGUCCCUUCAUCAUGGACUAUACGAGAGAAAAAAGGUUCAGAGAUGACAUUGUCCCAGUCCAAAAGAGACAAUUUUCACAAACCAAAGAAAACACUCGGCAGUGUGGAGAAGCGCAGCAUGACUCCUGCAGCAGUCAGUCAGAGGAGAGCUGAGCCGAUGGACAAGAGUGAGCGCGGAACCUACGAAAACAACUCUUCAUUUUAA